AUGUUGACCUUGAUUGGUCCAUGUGUGCAGCUACAAGGUCCCGAGGCGUCCUUUCGAGUCGGCGCGUCUCGACAUGGAACUCAAGGCAAGUUCACGCUCGCUGGUGAAUACGGGCUUCGUAACAAGCGUGAGAUCUGGCGUAUCUCCCUCAUCCUAUCCAAAAUUCGUCGUGCUGCCCGUGAGCUCUUGAAGCUCGAAGCAAAGGACCCCAAGCGUCUCUUCGAAGGCAAUGCCUUGAUCCGUCGUCUUGUUCGCGUCGGUGUGCUCGACGAGACUAGGAUGAGAUUGGAUUACGUGCUUGCCCUCAAGCUCGAAGAUUUCUUGGAGCGAAGACUGCAAACCCAAGUCUUCAAGGCUGGUCUCGCAAAGAGCAUUCACCACGCUCGUGUCCUCAUCCGCCAACGACAUAUCCGCGUUGGAAGGCAGAUUGUCAACGUUCCCUCGUUUGUCGUCCGUCUCGACUCUCAAAAGCACAUCGACUUUGCUCUUACCUCUCCCUUUGGUGGAGGACGACCGGGUCGCGUCAAGCGCAAGCGUGCCGCAGCUGCUAACAAGCCGGCUGGUGGUGACGAUGAGGACGAGGAGUAA